AUGUAUCAGUACAUCAGAUCCUUUGAAUCGCUAUCAAUGUUGGAUUUUUCUCAAAUAUUAAAUCUUUUUGCGACAUCUGCAGUAAUUCUUCGCGCUGAAGAAUUGAACAUGGAAUACAAAAUGUAUUGCUCUUUUUCCUUUGCUGAAGAAAUUAGUAAACAGGACAGUAGUUUGUUUAUGGCUAGCCUAGAUGUUGAUUCUUUAUUUACAAAUAUUCCUUUGCAAGAAACUAUAGAUAUUUGUACUGAUUCUUUAUUUUCAGAGACUGACCUAGUCAGUAAUUUUUGCAAAAGUGAUUUUCGUAAACUCCUCUCUCUGGCCACAGAAAAUUCUUAUUUCACGUUUGACGGUCAACUAUUCAAGCAAGUCGAUGGGGUAGCUAUGGGAUCACCUCUUGGCCCCAGCCUUGCUAAUGCUUUUCUUUCGCACCACGAAAAGACUUGGUUGGAUAAUUGUCCAUCAUCCUUUAAGCCAGUGCAACACAUCAACAUAUCUUUCACGUCUGAGUGCGAGGCCGAUAAAACUCUUCCGUUUCUUGACGUAUCUGUUUCUCGCAAUGAAUCGAAGUUUCACUUAGAAAUGCAAGAUCUUAGAAACAUUCUGUUAAGAAAUGGCUACCCGUCAAGUUUGAUUGAUCAAUGCAUUAAGUCUUUUCUCGACAGAAUGUUUCAAGAUAAGAAAGUUUUCAGUACCGUGCCUAAGUUAGAAGUUCUUAUUAUUUUGCCAUAUUUGGGUAAUAUAUCGUUGAAACUGCGAACUCACUUAUUUAAAACAUUUGAUAAGCAUCUUCCGUGCUGUAAGCUUAGGGUUAUUUUCAAAUCGGGUUGUAGAAUUGGCAAUUUUUUCCGGUUUAAGGACCGUGUUUCAAAGGCUCUGCGUUCAAAAGUCGUAUAUAAAUAUCAGUGUGAUGGCUGCAAUGCCAUCUAUUAUGGGAAAACUAUGCGACAUUUGAAAGUUAGAGCCUGCGAACACAUGGCCGUUUCUGCCUUGACUGGAAAAUCCGUCAAAUCUAUUAACCCUAGUGCGGUUUUGGAGCAUGUUGUUUUCUGUAAAAAUAGACCAUCUUUAGAUAAUUUUUCUAUUAUCUCCUCCGCAUCUAAUAAUUUUGAUUUGGAAUUGAAGGAAAGCUUGUUAAUCCGUAGGGAUAAGCCAAUUCUUAAUAGAAAUAUUGCAUCAAUGCCAUUAUUUCUAUUUUCAGAUAAUUGA